GAAGAAAUGAGAGUCAUUGGGAUGCAGGAGGAAGAGAACGUCUUCUUCAGCAUAUUUUUUGGAAGAUCCAUAUUAGGAUUGUGAAUGAGCUGCACCCACUCCUCAGGAGACUCACAUCUGUUGUCCCCAACCACGCCAUAUCCAUGCCGACGCUCACCAUCCCCGGAGCAACCAGGCGUCGUCAGAGAAGGGUGGCAGUUUAUGAGCCUUUUUCUACGCUGAGAGUUGAGAGAUGCAUCGUCAGUGGAGUGUCCUCGUCGUCACUCUGCUGAGGACGGGGCUUGCGGGCGGCUGCCUAUGUCCACCUGCCACCAUCUUGUCUGAGUUCCCCUCAGAGGCGCCCGCCGCCGGUUGCUGCCUAAACUUCUCCGGCUCCACUUUGGGGCAUGUGCGGUGGUCCUGGCUAACCAACCAGUCCAUCCUGCAGAUUCUGGAUCUUUCCAACUGUAACAUCACCUCAGUGGAGAUGUCAGGCGUGGAGGCCUCCUUGCUGGAAAAGGUUUACUUGGGCCACAACAGAAUCGCAGCUUUGCCGCGGGACUUCCUAGCCGGACAGCCCCGCCUGGAGGAAGUGGAUCUAAGCAGUAACAGACUCGAGGAGCUCCCGGAAGGUUUCUUGCAGGACUCGGACAACCUGCGGAGUUUGCAUUUGCAAGAGAACCAGCUCAGCUUCCUUCCAGCCUCUGUGCUGCAGAGGCCUGCUCUGCAGAGCCUGGAGCUGGAUGGGAACCCUUGGGACUGCUCCUGCUCCUUCCUGGAAGUCCUGGAGAACAGCAAGGAUACAAAGACGGGGGACUUGGUGAGAAACCUGACAUGCAUCUCCCCUUGGAAACUGGCAGGCCGGGUGGUGUGGUCAGUGAGGUUGAGCGACAUGUGUCGCCCAGCCAGCCUCACUGCGCUCUUUAUCGCGCUCCCGCUCCUCAUCCUCUCCACCCUGGUGGUCUGCUGGUGCUGUGGGAGGAAGAGGAAAGAGGCGCUUAUUUUGGGGUCAUCAAAGAAACGGACGUCCGGCUCCCACGGGCCGCCUGCAGGUGGUCAGCAGAUGUCAGCUGACUGCACGGCUUCCAAGCUCCUGAGCAGCACCGCAAACGUCGAUGAAGAGAAGGAAGUCCAGCUGGGUUCUGUGGAGUCUCUCCACCCAGGAUCCUGCUGCUCAGAUGGGAAGCCUAGCAGGUCUGAGCUGGACUCAGUCAGCGUGUCGGAGGUGCUGAAAGACUCGGCGGACCGGGAGAAAGCUUACAUGACUCAGUCCACAGAAUAUUACAGCCUGGUACCGGGAAUCCAGCUGGAUGACUCUGACCAUGGCGAGUGACAAGGUGAAGAUUUAGGAUGUUUGUUUUGGAAACUUAAUACAAUGGAAUCAACCUCUUUAGGUGGAAAACAUGAUUUUAUUGAUAGAUUUGUUUGCAUUUCAAUGCAGUCUGACUUUAAAAAAACUUUAAAUGCAAUACUUUGGUCUGCUGUUUAAUAUAUUUCUGAAGGAAAGGACGCUGUUUGUAUUUGGUCAAAGUUUCACUGUAGAUGUUACAUAUUGAAUUCCAACCACCAUGGCUCAGUUGUAAAUAACUUGUCUGCCUUCUUUUUUGAAGAAUAUGUGCUUGUGGCACCUCCCCAAUAUGGGAGUGUUGUACUCGACAUGCAUUCCCGUUCAACUUGUUUCUUAUCCUUUUCCAUUUGGGAAGUUGGGUAUCAAACUCCCUCGAGUGGAGCCGCGCAAACCAGAAAAGUCAGUGCUUGCUGACAAAGCCCAGCAUGCCAAGUCUUGACAUGAUACACGCACACACGCAUGCUGCUUCAAGGCCCAAACGUGGGGCCUUAUUUUGAGGUGUGUCAAAGUGCGUAAUCCUGCUCCUGCUGUCCGUCAUAUUGUAAAAUGUGCCCACGCUGUUGUUUUUAUAUCAGCCAAUUACUGUCUGAUGUACUUUUCAUUUUCAUAAU